AUGAGUGAUUUAGCUGUUUUUGCGACCCUUUUACUUAUUUCCACUGCAGAAGCUUCAAAUUCUAGGAGCCACGCCUGUGGCUCGGCGCAUGCAGCUUCCCCGCCUAGAAUAACUUCAUCAGCUCCAGCUCCAGCUCCAGCCCUAGCUCCAGCUCCAGCCUUUUCCGCUGAAUCACCCGAAAAUGAUCCGGCACCUGAUGCUGCAAUGAUAUUUGAUGUUACCAUGUAUGGAGCAGUGGGAGAUGGUAAGACAGAGAAUGGCAUGGCAUUCUUAGCAGCAUGGGAUGAUGCAUGCAAUCAUCCUGGAAAAUCCACUUUAUUAGUACCCAAUGGGACAUUCUUCAUUGGCCCAAUCUCAUUUAUUGGCCCUUGUCAAAACAAUCAAUCCCCAAAGGUAGAGAUCAGAGGGACUUUGAAGGCUCCUUCCAGCCUCAAGGCCUUCCCCACACCCUCCUGGAUUAUGUUCCGACAAUUGCAGAGCCUGAUUCUCACUGGAGAAACCACAACAAACACAUCUUUGUUUGAUGCCCAAGGAGAAGAAUCAUGGAGACAUGCCGAUUGCAGACACAAACUAAAAUGCCAGUUCCCUACAUCAAUAAUAUUGGUCAAUGUUACAAAUGGGAAUAUCAGCAACAUCACUCUAAAGAAUGGCAAGGGAUUCCAUAUGGGCAUCAUAAACAGUGACAAUGUCACUGUCCAUGGCGUCAACAUUACAGCCCCCUGGAACAGCCCCAACACCGAUGGCGUCCACAUCGGUUACUCCACCAACAUCCACAUCACUUCUUCCACAAUUGGAGUCGGAGAUGACUGCGUCUCCAUUGGACCCGGCAGCAUCAACAUAACUGUUUUCAACACCAAAUGUGGCCCAGGUCAUGGUAUCAGUGUGGGGAGCCUAGGCAAAUACUCAGCUGAGAAGGAUGUGGUGGGAGUCAGAGUGAAGAACUGUACAAUCAAUGGCACCCAAAAUGGGGUCAGGAUCAAAACAUGGCCCGGAUCUCCGGCAAGCAAGGCGUCUAGUUUUUGGUUUGAGGACAUUGUAAUGAUCAAUGUCUCAAACCCCAUAAUCAUAGAUCAAGAGUACUGUCCCUGGUCUACCUGCACCAGCUCCAAAUGUAAAGGUUUAUCUGGCCCUGUAGACACAACGAUGGGGAACGUGUUGUCAUAUCAUAUACACAAACAGAAAAUCUCUCUAACCUUACUGAUCUAUUGUUCUUAUUUUUUUCUCUGCGCUCAGCCCUCGCUUGUGAAGCUCAGUGACAUUCAUUUCACGAACAUCAGGGGCACUUUUAAUACCAAGUCUGCAGUAGCUUUGAUGUGCAGUUCUAGUGUUCCUUGCGAGGAUAUACAGCUUCUUAACAUUAAUCUGACCCACACAAUGGCAAGCAGCCUUCAAGGAGGAGGUCACUUGAGUGUGAAGGGUGCUCUUCAUCGUCUAGAAAUUAAUGGUUCUAGCUUCUGA